AUGUACCGAUCACUGAAUUUAUGUAAAUUAUUAGUGAGUCAAAACGUAGGUAAACGUUUUAUGAAAAACAAUAAAAACCCUGUCGGACCGAAAAAAUUAAACAUCGAUCAAAAGUAUAUAGAAAAAGUACUCAAUCCUACAGUUGAAAAUACAUCAAAAUGUAACUUAGACUUGUAUAUGUUACCUAAGGACGUGCCGGAACCGAAAGUAGUAAUAAUUGGUGGUGGUAUAGCCGGUUUAUCAGCAGCUCAACGAUUGGCUCAUUGUGGAUUUACAAAGUUUUCAUUAUACGAAGCGGGUGAUAUGGCUGGCGGUAGAAUUAAAACAUGUUACGUAGGUGAUACAGUAGCUGAGUUGGGAUCCGAGGUGAUAAAUGGUGGAUCUGUCAUCAAUCAAACAUUUGUAUUGGCAGCUAUGGAGGGUUUACUUGACGAGCCCGCACAAACAUACAACAAUAUUUACUGCUGGCAUUUGACAUCUGAAGGACGCACUGUCGACAAAAUAAUCUCUUACGAAGCUCUCAGUCGUUUUGACGAAAUAAAAAAACAAGCAUACGAUCUCGCUAAAAACUGUUCCGAUUUAGAAGAAAAUAUUUCAUUGUACGAUUACAUGCAUAAACACAUUAGUGCUACCAUAAAAGACUACCCACAAGCUUAUCAGGCCGAUUGUGCUCGAAUCAUGGGCACAAUGUUAAAUGAGUUACGAAAUGAAGUGGGGGCCAACUUGAAGCUGGUGAGCGCAAGAAAUUAUGGCCAACGUCCAAUAAUACCUCCAGAAAUCGAUCAGAGAGUUCCAUCGGGUCACGUGAAAGUCUUGGCAUCUGUUUUGCGUGACAUACCGCCCGGCUGUAUCACGUACUGCAAACCAGUAGAACGAAUAAUCUGGGGCGACACCACCGCCGAUAGCCGUGCGUCGGUAUUGUUGUGUGAUGGACAGAUAGUAGAUGCGGAUUACGUGAUUGUCGCCUUGCCCCUAGGGGUACUCAAGUGCAAUAUCGACAAUUUGUUCGUUCCCAAACUGCCUGAACGCAAGGUCAAAGCUAUUGCGUCUAUAGGGUAUGGGCACAGGGACAGAUAUUUUUUGGAAUACACUGAUCCUUUUUGGAUGCCGACCGAGGGCGAGAUGUUAUUAUCGUGGUCACCCGAUGAGUUGGCUCACAAUGAUCAUAUAAGUGGAUGGGUUACACGUAUUGGUCGGUUCCGUGAAUUGCCCGGCAGUGCUAACGUGCUCGAGUUUGACAUUGCUGGCACGGAAGCCGCAUACUUGGAAACCGCGACUGACGCCGACAUAUCGAGCCACAUAACUUCAGCAUUUCGACGGUUUUUGGGAGACCCCACUAUAUCUGAACCUUGCCAUAUAGUACGGUCUACCUGGUCGCUGGACCCGUACUUUUGUGGCGCUUACAGUUUUUAUGGUCUAAGCACGACGUCUAGAGAUUUCCUUGUGCUCUCUAAGCCAGAACCUAACGAAAUGCGCCAGGCAAUCCCUCCGGUGCUCUUUUUUGCCGGCGAAGCGACAGACCCUAUCCAUUAUGGCACGACUCACGGUGCGCGUGCCUCUGGGAUUCGGGAGGCCGAGAGAAUUAUUUCCAUUACAAGUCGAAUAAGAGGGAGUCCACCCAAGUAAAUUUCUUUGGAUUUAAAUUUUCUCUUUUCAAAUUUCCAUUAUUUUUUUUGUCUCUUAAUGUAAAAUUUACAGCGUGUACUUAUUCUCUUGUUUGUCAUUAUUUUAUUUUCAAUAUCUUACAUUUUUUAGUUAUUGUCUCAUUUUCCAAUUGAACAAUAGCGAUUAUU